AUGGGCUCCCUGCUCCCCAAGCUGGCCGAGCUCCUCAAGGAGGAGUACAUGCUGCAGACGAGCAUCAAGAAAAAAGUCGACUCUCUCGAGAAGGAGAUGAAGAGCAUGCAGGCUGCCCUAUGCAAGGUGCGUGACGUGCCGCGAGACCAGCUCGACAUACAGGUCAAGCUCUGGGCAGGGGAGGUGAGAGAGCUAUCCUUUGACAUGGAGGAUGUCGUCGACAAGUUCCUGGUGCGUGUCCAUGAUGGCUCUGAGCUUGCAGCCAACUCAAAUAAGCUCGCACGGCUCAUCAAGAAUAUGGUCAGGUUGUUCACCAAGGGGAAGGCUCGCCGUGAGAUCGCCACUGCGAUCAAGGACAUCAAUAAGCAAGUCCAGGAGGUUGCUAACAGGCGUGGAAGAAACGCCGUCGACAAUAUUGUUUGCGGGCCUACAACAGUGACACCCGUCGAUCCUCGCCUUCGGGUUCUGUACACUGAAGUGACAGAGCUGGUUGGCAUUGUUGGAAAAAGGGAUCAAGAACUAAUGAAGUUGCUCUCAGAGGGAGACAUCCUGUCCAAGGAGAAGUUAAAAAUUGUCUCCGUUGUAGGAUUUGGAGGAUUGGGCAAGACUACUCUUGUCAAAACAGUUUAUGAUAAUAUAAAAGAAGAUUUUGAUUGCCGGGCUUUUGUUCCAGUGGGUAGAAAUGCUGAUGGGAAGAAAGUUCUCAUGGACAUCCUUGUUGAUCUUGGCAUGUGCGGAAGCAAUCUCACCCUGUGGAAUGAAAGACAGCUUAUCAACAAACUCAGGGAAAGUCUACAGAACAAGAGGUACCUCAUUGUAAUUGAUGAUAUAUGGGAUGAAAAACUAUGGGCCACUAUUAACUUGGCAUUCUCUAAGAGUAACACGUUUGGCAGUCGGUUGAUCACAACAACUCGUAUAGUGAGUGUAUCUAAAUUGUGUUGCUCCUCUAGUACUGAUUCAGUUUAUCAAAUGGAACCUCUUAGUGAUGAUGAUUCCAAAAGGCUCUUCUAUAAAAGGAUAUUUUCUGGCGAGAGUGGAUGUCCUCCUAAAUUUGAUGAAGUGUCCACAAAUAUAUUGGAGAAAUGUGGUGGAGUGCCACUAGCCAUCAUUACUAUAGCUAGUCUUUUGGCUAGUGAUCAAUGCAUAAAACCAGAGGAUGAAUGGCAUGUUUUGCUUAAGUCUAUUGGUCAUGGACUUACAGAGAACCCCAGUGUAGAGGAGAUGAUGAGGAUACUAUCAUUUAGCUAUUAUGAUCUUCCUUCUCAUCUGAAGACAUGUUUAUUAUAUUUAAGCAUGUUCCCGGAAGAUCAAGAAAUUAAAAAGGAUGGGUUAAUAUGGAUGUGGAUUGCAGAAAGCUUUGUCGAGUCUGGAAAUGGAAGAAUUAGUCUCUUUGAGAUUGGAGAAACAUACUUCAAUGAGCUUGUGAACAAAAGCAUGAUCCAGCCGGUAUAUGAUAAAGAAAGCGUCAUAGGCACAAUAUGUGCUUGUCGUGUACAUGAUAUGGUGCUUGAUCUCAUUUGUUUGUUAUCAAGGGAAGAGAACUUCGUUACUAUAGUGAAUGGUGUUAGCAAAGAAGAACAUGAAGCCACACCUCUGGAAUCUGGGCGUAUAUUACAAGUGAGGUCCAUUGCUACAUUUGAACCUGCCAUUCGUGUAAUGCCAUCUUUCUCGAGCUUUGAUGUUUUACGUGUAUUGGAUAUGACUAAAUGCCAUCUUGGCCCUAGUUGUCAUCUUAACCUUCGGGAAUUGGGGAGUUUAUUCCACCUAAGGUACCUAGGUCUAGCCAGUACAGGUAUUUCUAAGCUCCCAGAAGAAGUUGGAAAGUUGCAAUUUCUGCAGGUGCUGGAUUUGAGUAAUAAUUAUGAUAUACAAGAACUGCCAUCUACUAUUAGUAAGUUGGGAAGAUUGAUGUGCCUGCUUAUUAGCCAUUACUGCAAGAGAUUUCCAGAUGGAUUGGGAAACAUGUCCUCAAUGGAAGUGCUGCGUGACAUCAAUGGUGACACUCUAAGCAUUGUGAAAGAGCUGGGCAAGAUGAAAAGAUUGAGAAAGCUCGCAAUUAGGUUUGGUAAUUUGAGCUUGGAGUUGGAGGAAGCUUUUGUGAAGUCCCUGGGGGAAAUGGCCAACAUCCAAAGUGUAAGCAUUGGAUGUGAUUUUAAAUUUGUGGACAUCUUGGGGGAACAUUGGGUGCCCCCUCGAAGUCUCCGGGAAUUUACCACAUUCAGAGAUGUCAAGUUCUCCAUACUGCCUGCAUGGAUAAGAAAUAAUCCCUUGCAUCUUCCACAACUCUCUAACUUAAGCAUCUUCGUCGAGGAAGUGCAACAGGCUGAUCUGAGAUCCCUUGGAAAGUUACCGGCUCUUUGUAAUCUCGCCUUGUGGAGCCUCCGCCGAAGCAAGCUGCUAGUCAUCGGUGCCGAUGAGUUCCAUUGUCUGACAUCAUUCACGUCCUUUUCUGGUUCACCAGGCCAAGUCGUGUUCCAGCCAGGAGCUUUGCUGAAGAUUGAAGUAAUUGUCAUCGAUAUCGGCCUGCAGGUCACAAGAGAGGAAGUAGUUGGCAGUGUUGGAUAUUGUUUUGAUCUGAGCAUGGGGAACUUGCCAUCCCUUCGGGACGUCACUGUCAGAUUUGACCGUUCCGGAGUGACGGUCGGUGAGGCCAAGCAAGCGGAGGUUGCUCUAGGGAACACACUCCGCACCCAUCCUAACCGUCCCACCUUUGAAAUUUCCAUCAGGCCGAGCAUACCAGAAGACGCUCCUGAUGGUGACGUCCACAUUGAGGAGGAGUGA